AUGAAGCUCACCAACAGAUCCGCUCCCAGUGACAGACGUGGAAAGCUGCACACAAAAGAGAUGGAAUGGUGUGUUCUCAAGCACUACCGUACUCACACGAUGUACAUCCUGGACGACCAGCAAGGUGAUGCGCCAGUGGCCGACCUCGACCUAGCAGCCCAUUAUGCACGUUGCGCAGACUUUGCAGAGUUCUUCCAGAUCUACUCAGUCUACGAAGUUCGCUCCAUCUCAUUUCCACCGGACAGUACUCAGGAGCAAUUCACCGAAUUCAUAGACGAGAUACUCGGCAACAAGGGCUCGGACGACCACGUCAUCUUCGUGUACUUUGGCAAAGCGUACGGCGAGGACGAGAAUUACAUGUGGCAGUUUCGCGGUGCUCCAGACCAUCCCAUCAACGCCCAUGACUUCAUUCAUCAAGUCAACCAUACCGACAUCGACGUUCUGUUCAUCCUCGACUGCUUCAUACAGACCCGGCCCACCAAGCCAUGGAGUCGCGACCACGCCAUGACCGAGAUAUUCGCCAUGAAUACCGGCAUGCACAACGAAGAUGGCGAGAGGAUCAGGCACCGCGGAGACUAUGCCGUCAGUAUCAUCGAGUACGUCGGAAAGUACUUCAAUCGACUCCAGGAGAGAGGCCCACCCAAGAAGGAUCGGGCCAUGCGAUCAAUCCCAGAGAUUCUGAUGAAGGACAAGGAGAUGUAUGACAACACCAUUCGACUCUGGUUCGCGCAUCCUAAGCCGAGCAACACGCCAUCGGAGGACGACCCCAUUUGGCGAUUCAAGUGUGAUCCGGUCAAGAUCAGUCGUGACACUGGAUAUCACACCAACGAAUACAUCCAACACGACAAAGCAUACGACACUACCAUCGCCACGAUGCCCGUCAAGGGGCAGCUAUCUAAGAUGCCGAGGAAGGCAAGCGCCUACAUACUGGACGCCUGUCCGGAGGAUGAAGACGACGGCUUCAAGGUGAUGUCCAUCCACUACCAGAAGCAGAGGAUCAUGCGCCUACUCCAUGAAAGACACAUCGAUUGCGAAGUGUGUGCUGUCAGCUUCGCACCCAAUGCUCAGGCAGGAGACGUGCUCAAGUACUUCACGCAACAGUUCGCCACUAAGACUAGGAACGAACUCACCAUCCUCUACUACCACGGAAAUGCUGGAUCGAAUGGCAAAAGUUACACUUGGAGGUUCGAGAAGUACCCAGAUCAAGACAUCAAUGCUUACGAGUUGAUACUGUUCUUUGUCAACUCCGGUCUCGACGUCUUUAUCAUCUGA